AUGGAUAACCCAAGGGAUAUAUCUUCUUCUAGGAUUGAGGAGAUACUCAAGGUCCAUAAUGUUUUUCUGGGCUUACUCUCUGAAUACCCCCGCCCCAGCAAACCCAUAAAACCAUUUGUUGCUUUGAAGGUCAUUGAGGCAUGGAGUUGUGACUUGUGUUAUUCCUACAACCCCUUCUUUGGUACUUCAACCAGUAGGCGUGACAAUCAUUUUCGUACAAAGCAUGCCCAAAAUUUCCAGAACCGAGAGGAUCAUCAAAGUUUGGUAUACACGCAAACCUUCUGUAAUGGAUGGAGCAACAACAGCUACCAUUUUGAGGUGGAUGAGACGCUAGUUGUGGAUGUUGCAUCAGACGCCCCCUAUAUUACGAGGUCAGCAACAGCAGAAGAGCUUUGCCAAAUCAUGAAAAAUCGUUUUACAGUGGCCUCGGCUCCUCUUUCCACUGGCCAAACACUCAAGGACACGCAACCUGCCUUGUACUGGACUGGGUGGGCAGCACAUGUCUCUGAUCGCAAUCCAGAAUUCCUUCGCUUGUUAAUUGAAUAUCCAGCAGCUGCAACCAACAACUGUCAACCUGAUUUACUCAGGGAGAUUGCUGACGAAGCUAAGAAGGUUUUUCUCUCUGAACAAGAAUUGCUUGAUGGACGAUCGGGGAUCUUAAGAAAGCUACUUGUAGACACAGGCAAAGGAACAGUUGUUGAAUCAUAUGGCCAGUUACUCAGCAGAUGGGUUUGUUUUGUACUCCGGCUUUUUCAACGCCAGAACGCAGGAGACUCAGACUACGUGGUAACUUUCACUGAUCGUCAAAAGGAUGUAUGUACAUAUGCAUUGCAAUGGUGUCACAAACAUGCAAAGGCUAGAAAGCUAGGGAUUCGAUAUAUCAUCCUUCGCAUGGCUAGAAGUUUUUGGGCUCCCGAACCCUUGCAAGAGUCAUUUGCCCACCUGGAGAAAGAUCAACUGGAUGACCCAACCACCCGCUUUGGAUGCCUCUUGAAUCUGCGGCUAGAUGGGACAUUUGUAUCUCCUAGUAACAUGUUGCACAACCUUACAAUGAUUAAAUACAUUAUCAGACAAAUGCUUUUGGCCUGGUCAGUGGACCGUGCUAUUGAGCGGAGCAACAGUGGGGAUCCCGUCACUGCUCAUUUUGUACUCUCAAGUCUUGGAAAUGCCUUGGCUGAUGAUCAACUCACUCCAUUUGCUCAUAUCUGUUUAGCUACUGCUCAUGCCUCUCGUUAUGCAAGGACAACAUCUUUCCUCCCCAACGUCAUGUGGACUAGUCGUACUGCACUCUCUAUUGAUGGCUCUGCAGUAGACUUUCAUGACUACCAGAAGAUGCUCAAAGACCGCCUAGAUCGCCUUGAAGAACUGGUUCAUGGAUCAGGGGGCUUACUGAUGGAUAUACCUCUAGCUGAUAUAGGCUUUACUACGACUGAACAAACUCAUAUUCACGAUGAAUUUUCCGAGACACGUUCAGGAUAUUCCUUCCUCACGGAUCCUAAAAAUCCUUUUUCUGCAAUGCAGUUCAAUUUGAUUGAUGCCAUUUUUAAGUAUCGACCUGGACGCUUAGCACGCGGUUUGCACAAAUCCAAUGAUGAAAAAGCUUCCAUUACCUGGGAUGAAAAGUCCGUAGCCGAAUGGCUAAACAUCUAUGAUGAAUGUACUUUAGAACUUUGCACCUUGAUACAUGCUGUUGGCGGCCAGCCUGCUUGUGGUGUAGAGUCCUGUCUUCUUAAACUGGUCAAUACACCUUAUAGAGUUCGAGGGGUAUAUGCAUGGCGCCCAGGUACCCUUGUUUUUGUUCUUCUCUAUAGCAAGACCACCAGUAUGACUGGUCUUGACCGAGUUGUUGCUCACGCAGUGCCCUGGCGAGUUGGUCGUCUCUUUUUAAUCAUUAAUGCAUUGGCACGCCCAUUAGCUGGAAUCUUAGUGGAGCGUUCGAGAGGUCCCUUAGCCCGUAUUGUACAAGAGACUUCAGCCUUUCCCAUACGUGGAGUUGAAAUGACAUCUACCCAACUGUCUGAUCGUCUCCGCACUUGGUUUACUCAGGGGCUUGGAGUAUCACUGGGAAUUAGGGCCUUCCGCCAUUUUGUCAUUGCCUGUCAACGAAAACUCAUGCCAGAGGCCUUUGCCCCAAUCCAAGAAGCUAUGGCUGUGGUAGAUACCCAGUCAGGGCAUACAAGUGAUACAGGAAACGAUGUCUACGCCAUUGACGCGUCGGAAAUCCACCUACUCUCUCCAACUUCGGUGAUUAAAAGUGUUUACUGCUCACUUCGAUGGGCUCAGAUACUAUUCCCUGCUGGUGUUCUUAGCAAUACUGAAACAAGCGAGGCUGUUGCCGCAGAUGAAGUCAUAAGUUCACAUUCAUCCACUAUGCGCCCGUCAUCUAUAUCCAAAUCCGAUAUCACCCAGGCCGUUCUUGAAGCGUUACAAGACAAGGCUCUCAUUAGCCAAUUAUCUCAACAUAUUGGUCAGCACAUGGUCGAUACAAUACUAGCCACUGGGAAGUCCAUUCGAGUUUACAAUAACUCUCCGCCUGCCGCAAGGCUAGUUGAACCCAAACACCUGGUCCUCCUAAAACGAUAUCAAGGCGAUAGCAAUGCGAGCUGGCGCUCUGUGAGUCAGGGGCAAGCGCUAGUUCAUGCCCUUGCUCGUGAGCGCUCCUUGCUCGUGAUUCUUCCCACGGGGGGUGGGAAAUCAGUCCUUUUUGGCUGCCUCCCGCUUAUUGAAUCCGGCUUCACUUUGGUUCUUUUUCCAUUUGUAGCAUUGUACAAGGAUCAGCUUCAUGCCGCAGAGGAGCGUCACAACAACCUACUUCGCUCAGAUAGACAACUAGGACGUAGUUUGCGAAUGGUUGAGUGGGAACCCAGGUUACUCCUAAAUGAGAAUGUAGGGCUAGUGGCAGUCACAGUGGACACCUUUGUCCGCCCUGAAUGCCAGAUAUGGAUUGACCAAAACCGCAGAAACCUCAAUCGCAUUGUGUUUGACGAGGUCCAUGUAGCAGUUACUCAAGCAGACUUUCGACCGUGUAUGAUCUUACUCCAGGCCCUGACACGACAAGGUGUUCCUAUUCUUGGACUGUCUGCUACUAUUCCUCCAUCAAUGGAAGACAAUUUACAUGAAUCCCUGGGACGCCCAUUGUUCACUGUACUCGUUACUCAACUGAGGCAGAGGCUCGAAUUGCAUUCAUCAGACAGUUAUAUGUCAAACAACAAAGAAGUUAAGGACUGGGCGCGUACCUUUGGAGCCUACGGCUACUGUAGCGCUCUUAAUCAGGAUUUUAAUGAGGAAGCAACCCGAAAUCUCUUAGACUGGACUUCUGGGAGGAGCCAAAUCUUGGUUGGGACUACAGCAGUGGGCACUGGACUCAACCACAAGGCGGUGAGGGGCGUAUUUCACUGGGGACCUCCCUACGGGCCUGAUGACUUCCAGCAAGGAUCGGGGCGUGGUGGCCGUGAUGAUCUCCCUGCGGUCUCUAUUACAGUCCACUGGGAUCCUCGCUUACCAUCAAUUGGUAAUAAUUACAGGGGUAAACCCAUAAUAGAUUACAUGCUGGAUGAAGAGGAGUGCAUUCAACUCACAAUGUCCAGGUGGUUCGACGGGGAGAAUAUUGCAGUUUCGUGUUCUGGGGGAAUCAACUUCCGUGAUUGUUUCCGAUGCCGCAGCGCUCAUCUGAGGGCUACCCAUAGAGAUGGAAUUGCUCUGGCGGGUCCAGAAGAGCCACCAAGUACAAAUCAAGUUCGGGAUCCAAACCUCCUGAUUCUUCACGAGAUACCACGUGACGUAUGCACAAAUUCAAUCCACCCCCCAAGACGGAAUGCCACCUUGAUUGGACCGUCAACAAGCCAUGAAGAAGCCUCCACAAGCAUACAACUGAAAGCAACAUCUAAGCAGCCGGAAACAACUCAAUCUAUUACUAUGAUCUUGCCUCCGCUACUUGAGCCAGCGGCCCCUAUUGUAAUUCAACCCGGCAAACUGCAGAAGCACGUCAACACUCAGCAUCCACUAUCACUCGAGCAGCACCAUUUUGCCUUGAUGCACUAG